AUGGCAGGCAGAAGGCCACUGCUUGCCAUAGGUAUAGCAGCUGCAGUGGUUGCGGCCGGAACGAGCUUUUUGGCACCUGGGCAGUUUCGGUCGACGGUGCAACAAAGUGGCACGGCUCUGCGUUGGCCCAAGCGAACUCAACGAAGAUUUUCCGAGUCCGAAUCUGAGACGACUGAGGAAUUAUCGGACGCCGCAAAGGCCAACAUAGAGAAGCUGCAGGCAGAGAUUGAUGAACUCAAGACUAUCAAGGAAGAGAAGCAAGGUGCGCACUCGCGGCUCAAACUUGAGAUUGAUAAUUUCCGACAACGCACAUCAGCAGAGCUUGCGGCUGCCCGUGGCAAAGCCGCAGUUCCGCUGGUCCAGGAACUCAUCCCCAUUGCGGAUGAGUUCGAGUAUGCCAAGCAGAAUUUGAAGGUUGAAACAGAUGGGCAAAAGGCUGUGGUUGCCAAAUUCGAGGCACUCUUUGACAAGAUGUUGGACAGUUGGAAGUCUUUGGGCAUUGAGAAGAUGGCGACAGUGGGCGAGGAAUUCAAUCCGGAGCUGCACGAGGCUGUCUCGAUGAUCCCAUCGGAAGAAUACAAAGAGGAAGUGGUUAGCAAUGAACUUCGACCGGGCUGGGUCCUGAAGACGCCAGGUUCAGAUGAGCAACAAGUACUGAGGGCGGCCUUGGUGAUUGUAAGUUCUGGCCCCGGGCCAGCGUAA